UUUCAGGUUCGAGUCUUUGUGUCAUUAAGCCACGAAGAUCAGUCUUCAGUUGCUCAUUCGCCUUCUGCUGUGUGGGCAGAGUCCAUAAGUACAGCUGGAUUUCAGUUAUGCUCGCGUGCAACAGGUUCUACAAAUGACACUGGAAUUAUCAACUGGGUAGCGUUUCAGGAAAAACCCAUGUUAACGCAUGGAAGCGUUACUUUUAAUGGAAUAUGGACAACAGAAACCAAGUGUGAGAAGGUGGCCUUUUCUCAGGUUAGAUAACAAUAAUUGAUAACAAGUGUAUAAUUUUGUUAUCAAGGUGUAAAACGAAAUUAAAUAGUAGAAACAAAUGAAAUAGUAUCAGAAAUUAUAGUUCUAAAACAAAUGAUCUUUAGUUCAAUAUCCGGAAUUUGUUCUUAUUGGAUAAUCGGGCCUGGGAAAGUGCAUUGCUAAAAGUCUUGUUAAGCUUGCUCUCGGGCUUAGAUUCAAACUUUUCCUUCUAUCGCCUUUAGACAAGCCAUUUUUACGUUUUACUUUAGAACAUAGUUAAUUGAGUGGAAUGGUUAUGAAACCCGUCAGACUCCUUUGUUAUAUGUUUUUGUGGACCUGAAUGUGCACAACGUUCAAAAGCAUUCCUGUCAUUUUGAUUGUUUUGAGCAAUAAAAACGUUGCAUUAAUUUAUUCUGUAACAAUUUGCCAACAGAAAACAAAGGAUUGUGCGCGUUCAGGGUGCUUCCAACAUAAACUGCAGCACUGUAAAUUGUUAAUUUAUCAUUGAUGUUUGCCGCUUUUCAUAACCAGUCUCCUCUAAUAACUAUGUUUAGAAGUAGUGAUUGAAUAAUGCUUGACCGUUUUGAUUGUAUUGAUGUAUCAAAGGGAAUUGGGAAAAUAGAAGUCUAUUUAUUUAAUGAUGUUAAAUUUUUGGCAUUAAACCUAACAAAGUUAGCCGAACAGAAACAUUGCUGUUAGUAGCUUUGUUUAAGUAAUGGGCCAAAUAAGAUGCAUUGAACAACCUUUUCAACACUUCGUAGAAAGAGGUGAAGAGGGGUAGAAAAUUGAAUCCAUGUGAAUAGACAAGUAGUCAAGAUUUAAUUAAUCUGCUCCCAUUAGCCUUUGAUAAAUCCUUAAUUUCAUUUAUGUGCCACUGAGCACUUCAUUGAUACGAUCAUGUUGAUUUAUAUCUCGAGAAGCUUGUGUAUUUUUUAGUCAAUAGUUUUUCAUAUAUCUAACAUUUUUUGGCAGAGCUUUGCUUCCAAGCCUCGUGUAUUUGUCUCUGUUAAGUACACUCGCAGUACUAAGCCAAAUGAUGCUAUGUACUUAUGGUUAGAAAACGUCAAUUCUGGAGGAUUUGAAGUGUGCUUAAGAGAAUUCUUGCCCUUUGAUGGAAAGCACCAAGGUGCAGCUGUGGUAAGUGAAGAAAAAUGCUCGAGUACACUAUAAUAUUGAUGAAAAAUAAAUAAAUAAAUAACUUGACUUUGCUACACUUCGGCAGCCCGGACAACCAAUUACCUAGAACGUUCGUAACACAAUUAAUGUCAGUGUCCUGUCUCACGUGUCUCAUGCAGUCAUUUCUUGUUAAAGGAAGUGCCGUUCGAUGCCUGACGCAACUCGUCUUGCAAAUUAAACAUUAUUUUCUUGUCCACAGGACUGGUUCGCAUUCACUGGAAAUGGGAGUCAACUUAAUUUCACAAUAACUGGAGAAGAAAUCUUUCCAAACAGUGGAAAUCCAUCGGCCAAAAACAACUAUGGCUUCUGUCAGGUGAAAACUUUAGUUCUAACAAGAACAUUUAGCAAGCCACAGGACAUUUUCGGUGGUUGAGGUCACACUAGAGAAAACUUAAUAUAGUAAACCUAAAUUUACCAGAUCAUGGUGAUCGACAAUGUAUCCAAAAUGGCAAUUCCCAGAUGAACGCGACAUGCUUAUCUCGCGACUUGAAUGUGCGCUGAGAAUGAUUUUGGGUUUUUUAAAUUUCGCGACUUUGCGAGAAUUUUAUAUUUCGAAUCACUUCAAUUUCGCUUUGUUGAGUGGGCGAACAUUAGAAGUGGGGACUUUACAGACGAUGGGCAAAAAUAGAGAGAGAAGUGAGCACGUUCACAUCCAUUUACUAACCUACAUUACUUUUUUACCUAUUUACAGGAAGUACCUUUCAAUACGACCUUUUACAAAUCGCCAGUUGUGAUUCUUUCCGUAAAUCAUGAGUAUAAUCUUAAGGCCAAGGGAAGCCGUCCUCCAGAAAAUAAUAUAAUAUCGUCCUGGGUUGAGGUAGGUUUGAAUUUUUAUUCUAACCUGAGAAAAAAGCCGGCAUUUCACGCUACGCCACCACUAAUUUUUCCACAAAAUGACGUCUGAUGGACGAUAGCAAAAAUUGUAUACUGAUGAUGUGUCACCUGGGCAUGCAGUGCUUCUGAUUGGUUGAUUAGAAAACUUCCAUUGCGGCACGACCAAUCAGGAGCAGUAUCUUGAUCUGGGAAGUGCAAAGUCAUCAUUAUGGGAUUUCUUCACUCGUUCCACAGACGUCUUUUCAACCAGCAAUUAAUUGUGUCGCGAAAUGGGGUUUUCCUCACCGGAUAAUAUUCUUGUUCAAUAAGGGAAGAGAAGUAAUCCGUAUAUUCUAGUAAACUGAUAAAAGGACCGAGAAAGAGCCAUAAGAAACAGAUAAUUUGGAUCUGAUCCGUAAAUUUCAUGACUUGUAUUGUCUUCGUAGAAAUUAAGAAGAAAUUAUGGAUUUUGCUUAUGGAUUUUGCUUAUGGAUUUGCUGUAGGUUGGAUUAGAAUCUAUGAGGAUAUGCGUUGAAGACCUCAGUGGAUUAGGAUCGAGUCAUGAUCCCUUGAUUGUCAGCUACGCUGUUACUGGAGGUUGUUAAUUAAUUUUCUUAUUGUAAUGAUCACUAUUUCUAGAAUUAUUGUUAUUAUUAUUAUUAUUAUUAUUAUUGUUGUUUUUAUUUUUAUUGAUAUCUUUUAGAAGUUUUUAUUUGUAGGAAAACUUUUCAUGAUGAUACAAUUAACGAAACGCUGGAGUACAAACAAUGAUAUACCUUAUUCAUGUUACACUCUACCUUUGCACGCACUUAAGGAUUGAUGGGAUAAGAGCAAUUAGAGGGCAGAGAAGUAUCAAAAUUGCCAAGACGAGUAAUCGAGUAAUCGCGGUCGAGUUUGUUUAUUCCCUCAAAAUAAGACGACGAUUCUAGUCAUGCAAAAUGCAAAAUGUAAAGUUCGACAAGUUUUACGUCAUAAUUCCUUGCUGUGAAGACUUCUACUGUCGCGUACUGCAUUCAAAAUCACUUCCACCCAUAUUUUGCGAUUUUCGUUUUUAUUGUUGAAACUUCUUUUCUAUUGUGUGAUUUGUAUUUGCAGAUUUUAUCUCUUGUUUGUCCCCUGAGAAACCACGUAACACUGCUUUAAUUUAUAUCAUCAGCCUUAAGCGCGUGCAAAGAUGGCGGGUAUCGUUAAUAAGGUCUACCAACGAUAAAAAUAAUUGGUUGAGUUGCCGGUAUGUAAACAUGUCACUGCUAUUUAGGUUUAAUUCAAAUAUGAAAAAUGUAUUAGAAAUUUAUGUUUUUUCCGAAUAGAUAACCACUCAAUAUUUUUAUGUUUUUUUUAUUCUUGGUGCAGAUCUUAAUCCUUGCCUUAAUAUGCAUUGCCCUCGAUUUGGAGUCUGCAGAACCUACAGUGCGCAUGACGCUCGGUGUGAGUGCGAUGACCAAUGUCCUUCAUAUAAAGACCCAGUGUGCACUGCGAAUGGAACAACUUACGACAACCGAUGCUGGCAUAAGUUAAGUUAUUGCAGAGGACUUGAAAAUAAUAUGGUCUAUCACCCAGGAAGCUGUGAAGGUAACGAAAACUACUUUCAAAGAUUUUUUUGGCUGUAUAUACCACAUAAGAUAGUCUGGCAGUUUUAAAGCUCUCGAUUGCUUAGAAUUAUAGUUGUUGGCUCAAAGUUGCAUUCAAUUUGGCUUCUAGCUAUGGGAUGUUUAUAACUUUCCGUUACUUUUAAGCUCACUUUUAACUCCUCACGCAGGCUAAGCAACAAUAGACAGCUGUAACAAGCUACUUCGUCUCUCUACUUUGGCAAACAAACAUAUAACAGCCCAGACUAUAGCCGAUGUUUUAUCUGUGUAAGAUCUUUUAUUCUCUUUUGCCUUGCAAUCUAGUUUUUAUCGCGUAAAAUUAGAUUUAUACAAAUUUGCUCGGGGCAAAUAUGGUUCAAAAAAGUGCAAAAGAGGAGGAAACGAAGUCAAAGAAAAGGGUGGUAAAUAUCACAUUUACAUACCAGUCUACAUCGAUUUGCAUAUUUGAGGGCAAAUGCAGUAUUUAUUAUCUUUGCCCUUGAUUUCAUCCUCUUUUGCACUUUUUUUUUGCACCUUAUUAGCACUGAGUAAAUUUGCUGAAAAUCAAAUAUUUCGCGCAGUGGCGCACGCUCCCACGCGUACAUGUCAUCACGUACGCUUUUGAGUUCUAAUUUUUUUGUUGGCCUCCUCCAGUAUUGCACAUGUUUAUCUUUAUACUGGCAUAUGUUUAUCUUGGGCACUGAAACCAGCAACCAGCAUGCAAUAAUAAGCAGCCACUAAACAUUUCAUUGUUGAGGGUAGCCGACAUUACAAGUUAUAGCCUACUAGUUCUAGUUCAAUUUCCACGCUUUUUUUAUUACCACCCUUCACCACUUAGAGUUACACGACAACGCAAGCUAAUGAAGCUACGACCUUAGCGAUAAUGCUUAAAGAGUACAGUGAUGCUUCCUUAUAAAGUACUUAAUUUAUUAUAAAACAGGUUUUCCAAUUGUACGGGGCCGUAUAGAUCUGCUACAGGUUCCAAAAUGGUCAGAUUCAAACUGUCAGACAGUCACAUUUCCUCCAUACCGGUUUUAUCCGGAUAAGCAAGUUCAUGUUCAAAUAACCGUCAAUCACAUGAAGCUCAAUGACUCUGUGACAGUCCACGACGCUGUUACUUCAUGGACAGAAAGUAUCAACACAAAAAACUUCACCGUCUGUGUCAUGCAAACCGGGAGGAAAGAAGAAGCUGCGAAUCCAUUUGCCACCAUUGAUUGGGUGGCUUAUCAAGGAGCCCCACCCGAAGGAUUGACGGGAACGGUUGAGUUGCAGAAAUGGUGGUCUGGUACCAACUGCGCAGAUGUGACUUUUCCUACGGUGAGAGAUUAAUUGAUGCAAGUCCCCAUGGCAAAUGUUAGACUUUCAUUCACCCGACAGCUUUAAUCCACGCUGUCUUUAAAUUAAAAAAUAACGGAUCAUUACGAGGUAACUAAGAAGAAAAAUGACGAUUGCUACAAUAAAUAACAAGACAAGGUUAGGUAAUAAAUAAGAAGGGGAACUUACUCAGUGAUUAGUUGCGUGUAAUUUUUGCAGCAAUAUUCAUCUUAACUAGAUUUCAGUUGUUUUUGCGUAUUUUUUUGGCUUUUUCUUCAGGGCAAGUUUGAUGAGGCGCCAAUAGUCCUUGUGACGUCAGAGCACCUGAGGACUGGUAAAGAGUAUGAUGCUGCUCUCAUUUGGAUUGAGGACGUAACUAAGGACUCAGUUAAAGUCUGUCUUCGUGAAAUGCAAAACUUUGACGGUAGACACCAAGAUAUCACUGUGGUACGUUCUUAGUGAUUUUCUUAGAAACUGGAACGCGAAUGUCUGCAAAAUUUGUGAGGAUUGUUGGUCUGUUAACCAUAACAGGGCGGGUAAGAUGAAAUGGCGUUGAUAACUUUAAAGAUCGUCCGGGCGAGUGAUGGUUCAGUCGAAAGAAGGGAACUGCAGAAAGAAAAACUUAAAAAGAAACAGAAAUAUAAUAAUAACGAAAAGAAGAAAAAGAAGAAAAAAAACUGAAUAUCAUUACAAGAAGUGAAUUUUAAAUAGCACGCAAAUUGGUCUGCCUUGUCCCCAUGCUUCCCUUCCUGACGUUUUUACGCGAUUCCCCCGAUGUCGUAAAAAAUUGUGGAUUUGCAUCCUUUCCUUGACUUUUUGCGCUCUUUGUUAGUUCACAAAUUUAUAGAGUUCAAAAUGCUUAGGUUCACUGAAAGGGCCCUGAAAAUGCAGUUGAUUUUAAAUAAAUUUUCUGUGGCAUCGUUUUUGUUUUUUCCUCUUUUCACAGAACUGGUUUGCCUUCUCCAAACUGCACAAGCCUCUUUUCACUGAACAUGGCGUCAUAAGUUUUCCAAAUACGAACCCACCUUCGGAUAAAAUGAACAAUGCUUAUUGUGAGGUGAGAAAAGAAUUCUAUGCAAAAUUAUAAGCAUAAGCGUGCUAUUCACAGGAUUUUCCGUCACAAAUAUUUAGCUUACUUACAUCACUGUUUAUAUCUUCAAAACACCUAUAGUCAUAUACACUGUACGGGGUAGAGAUCAAAGUAACCAGAAAAGCUAAGAAGCUGGUUCACAAAAUAAUGUUUGAAAAACGUUAAUCAAAAAUAUUAAAAGGGCAGUUCGUUCUGUUAAAAUGAUUAAUCGCAAAUAUUGUUUGUCCAACCGUGACUUCAAAAAUAAACACAACCGAAGGUAACUAAAGUUAAAGGAAACAGUGUUAAACGUUGUAUGUUUCUCUUCCAUGGCAGUUCGUCACAUUCACGAGAGCUUAUAACUCGACUCCGACAGUGCUUGUCUCAGCCAAUCACAGCACGACAGUAUCUGGGAAUUCAGCACCGAUCCACAACGGAAUUACAACUUGGAUCGAGGUAAAAGUUUCCGUCAGGGGGGCGAAUGUGUAGGGAUGUGUCCUGGCAAAAAAAAAAUUUAAACCGAAGCUCGACGAAAGAUAAAACUGAACGGAGUCACGCUUGAGGCGAUGUAUAGGUCGAUAAUAGAUGUGGCUCAAAAUGGACCAAGAAAAUUUGAGAUUGCUUAUUGGCUAACUUCAUGUUUUCGAUCGCGAAUGUAAUUAUGUAGGUAUUAUUCAUUGAAGUUUGAAUAAUAUCUUUUAAAUACUCAGGCGCCGCGGUGGUCUCAAACUUUAAAUCUGACGGUUCGGGUUUAAACGUUACCGUAGUUUUUUUCUUGGAACAAGUCAUUUGCUGUCUUCAUCAACGGGGAUCAAGGUUUAGCCAGACUGUUUUGGGCCUUAUAGCUCCUGCGCCACCAUCAUACCCAUUAUUAGGGGAAAAAAGGAUAUUUUGGAUAACCUUUGAACCUUUUAAUUCCUUUUAGCUUUUAUAACUUUGUUAUUUCUAAACCUUCCAAUCUUUUAAUUUUCUAGCGGUCUUUGCAAGCUUUCAUCAAACCACGGUUUUCAGUUACGGCGAAUAUGUUUGCAUUUCUAUGUCACAUAAAAAAACUGUAGGAGAAAGGUUUAAUUUCAGAGACUAUUCUAACAUUCACUCCACGUUAACCCAGUUGUUUAUGGUUACAACUGCAUAAAAUGUACCAGCUACGUUAAGUGUUUAUUUUUUCAGAACAUGAAUACCUCUGGAUUCAGAGUCUGUGUCAAGGAAUUAUACGGGACCAGAUAUGACCCCUUGUCCGUCAGUUAUGCUGUGCUUACAGGUCAGUAAUAAGUACUGAACUCCUUUAUGAAGUAGUUUUUGGCAAACAUCUUACCCGAUUCAUGAGGAAUUAUAAAUACUUUGGAAGUGCUCUAAACUAACACAAGCAUAUGGUUUGCGAGUCAUGCCGAGUGAGAGUCAAGAGGGUAACAAAAUUCCAGUCGCUUUUUGUUCAAAUUUUCUACUUUCGAUUCCCCAUUUACUGCUAGCAGCAGGGUACCAUUUUGAGGUCCUUGUCUCAAAGAAAUUAGGGACCUUAAGAUGUGAGGACGGCGACGGCAGGUAAAACGUCGCUUAAAAAGUGAAUUCGGAGUUUUCAAUCUUCAUCGCGAUUUUUCCAUCUCGCUUACUUUGUCGAAAGUACGCUACUCCUCCUGAAGUUGAAUUCCUAAGAGCCUUAUAACAGUUAAGCCGAGAAAGAGAAGGAAAAUUUCGUCGUUGCUUGUUUACGUCUUCUAAAAAACAUGAAACUAGGCAUUUCCACGUUGUAGUCGUGCAACGACGGCUAAGAAAUGUAGAAAAAAAGCGUGAUGGCACGUGCAUAGUUGUUGUUUUACUAUAAUUAAACCUAUUGCUUUUUGGCCGUUCUCAUUGUCGUCGCCGUCGCAGAAUCUUAAGGUCCCUAAUAACUCAUAAUGACAGAAGACCUCAGUUGCCGAAAUGAAAACCAUCAUGCAUCGAACAAACGUUAAAAGUUAGUGUUGCUUCAGAAUUUUUACUCUAAUUUGAAAAAGUGAUCCCUCUUUCAUCAUUGUGACACCACUCCUACUCUCCUCAAGAUAAGAAUAAUGAUGAUGGUCUACUCGUUGCCCCGAAAAAAACGUUAAUUAUUUUUAAUUAUCUUUUCUUAUCACCCUUGCAACAAUACUCCUACAAAAGUGCCGCUAGGGAUAAACAAUAUCUAUCAAUCCGACCAUAAUCAUAUUUAUUAUAUAAUAAUUUAUACUGAUAUCAGCAAUCUAAAUCUUUUCUUCUUUUUACAUUUUGUCAGAUAUUUGUGAUCCUGGCUGGAACUAUUUCAACGGCUUUUGCUAUUUCACAAGUAAGACUUGUCAAAAUUGGACCACAUCACUGGAUAAAUGCCGACAAGAAAACUCAGUUCUUAUUGAUGUCCAAAACAAUGAAGAAAAUGUGUUUUUACAGCAUCUUCACAAUGGAGCAAAAUCCUGGCUGGGAUUGAAUGAUAUUUUCACAGAGGGCUCCUUUACUUGGGCAGAUCGUGGUACUGGGAACUUUACAGCUUGGGCCAAAAACCAACCCAACAAUUUUCGAGAUGAAGACUGUGUACAUACACUUGGUGUUGAAUACAAAUACGAAUGGAAUGACGUGAAAUGCAGUGGCUGUCAUCAGUAUACUUGCAAGAAAGGUAUAGUUUUUAAUGUAUGCUUACGUGUAAGGUUAUGGUCAUAAAAAGAGAUUAUUAUCUCUGAAAAAUUACAUGAUUAAAUGAUAUCAUGUCAUUAAACAGAGGCAAACAAAAGAGUUGAAAAAAAAUAAUUAAGUGAUGCAAUGAGAGAACUGAUGGAUAUGUUGCGGUGGGUCAUCCUUGGUGUUAAAACCUGUGAAGUUUUCUUUGUUUUCUAUAUUGUAGCUACUAGUUAUAGCUAUCGCUAAGUGCCAACGAGCAAAGCUUUUACUUAUUGUUGGUUUUCACAUGACAUCACUAAAAUUGAAACUAAAAAACUAUCGAUCCUACCGUGAUUUUGCUUUCACGAUGAAUUAGAGCAGCUGAAAACUAAUUUUCAUACAAAUUUUCGCUUCAAAAGGGUUCUUGAUUUUGUGAUAGAGUACGCUUGAAUUUCUAAGCUUUUGCGUGACGCGGCAUUUACAUGACGGCCAAGAGAGCUGUCAUGUAGGUUAAAAAAAUGACUUAUCUCAGGAAAUUUUGCUAUCUAAACAGUUCAUGUAUUAGAAAAAGUAUUACUUUAAUGAAUGAGUUUCUCGAAGAAAAAAUUCGCCCUUCCGUAGCAAAACUCGGUAACAGAUGUUUCUGUUGGUUUCCCGGGGUGGGGAUGUGCCGCUGGGACCGUGGAACCCUUGACCUAUACCAGAGCUAGGUUAGCUGAAUUUUGCUACCCUAUACUAGAGUAAACUCCCAAAAUCCCCCUAUCCUAGAGUAGCUGUUUACCUAGUCUAGACAAAAUCUUCAACCAACUGAUCAGUUUCGUGAAAAAUGAUACCCUAUUCUAGACCCAGACGCUCUGAUUUAUAUACCCUAUCCUAGAGUAAACUGCUUGAAAACCAUACCCUUCACAGCGGCACAUACCCAUAUAGCCCAUAUAUGGCAGUACCCCCCCGGGGUUGGUUUCCGUCCGCCAUGUUGGAGCUCAUCCAGGUGGACACCAGCAAGGCGUCUCUAUACUAUUUAAGUCUCUAUAAGUUUGGGUAAAACAUUUCUUCGGAUAUCUCGAGCUCGUAUACGAAAUAUUCCUCUGACCUGAAUCUUGGCGAGGGUCUCUGUAUAUGUACGUCCUUUCAUUUCGCAGAUCUGGACUUUAUCUAUUGAACGGUUUUGAUUUUUAUUUUGAUCUAUUUUGAAUGGCGUGACACUUAAAACCAGCAAUACGCGCGCACUGUUCAGUGUUUUUAGAAAUGUCAUGAAUUACAGUAAUUUAUAAAAAAUAGAUUGAACUUAAUUCGAUCGCAUAAGCGAGAAUUACCUUGAGACGGGUGCGACCUUAAAGCAAGGGGCACUCAUAUACCAUCCUACUGCCAGGCGAGUACCUCACGCAUGAGUACAGUCCUAUCACUAUAAUAAUUACUGAUCCUCAUAAAAUUCUAUUGUUCUCUCUCUUCAUCAAAUCAACGAUUGCAGUCUUAAAGAUGCCAAAACAACUGUCUGUGGAAAAUGGGAGCGGUCCUUUUGUCAGUAGGGAAAUUAUCAGGGGGAAUAUAUACUAAACGCGCUAAAUAAAACAGCCUACAAUAUUUUUAAUAUUGCAGCCUGUUUUAGAAAAUUUAAUGUAUGUGUACAUUGCACUAUACUUGGUUGAAUGAACACGAAGGAUGCACACAGGACUCACAAGCACUCACACGACUCGUGGAUUCUCUGUUCUGUACUAUCACGUGUUCCCUCGAAAACAAUGCAUUCUCUGUUCUGCAUUACGUCGUAAAUGUUGCCUUACAUUACUAUAUGUUACAUCGAUUCGAGUUUUUUUCUGCCCCUAGGAACUAUCUCGUACGGCCCUAUUAGGCUUGCGCCUCUCAGCCUCGCGUCUUCGCGAGGAUGCUUGUUUAAGCAAUUAUUUCCCUUGGCUUUAUUAUGUUGACUUAGCAGUGGCUUCUUUGUAUUAAUUGUUUUACGUCAUUGGUGAGGUUCACAGGUUUUUACACCGCGGAAUAUGACCCGCUGUAGUUCAAUUUUGUCCUUGGUUUAAAUUUUAUUUCCCUUUUUUCAAACUCAUUAUCAUACCUGAAUAACAUACUCCAAAAGAAAAGAAAAGAAAUUUAAACCAUAGAUGAAAUUGAACGCCAACUGAAACAAAUGAGUAAAUGACAAGCUUAUGAACAAUUUCUAAUUAUAAUUCAAAAUUCUUAUAUUUAUUAGAUUAAACGCCGGGGCGUUUGUUAAAUUUUUCGUUAUUCGAGUGCGGCGUUUAUUUAAUAUCCAUUUAUUUCUUGAAAACAAUAGUAUGGUAACUGAGCAUUUAAACUUUAAAAAAAGAAACAUGUUUUAGUGCUUGUCUGACUAAAGUCAUUAUCUAUAUCUUUCUCAAUUUCACAAUUUGCAUGUUAAUAUACUACUGGAAUACAUAAAGUGAAUAAAGUUAAUUUUAUUCCUUUGAGCUUCGAAUGUACUGAUCUUAAAGCAUUGUUAAAAUCAAAGAAAAUGUUUUUUUCAGGCUUAUUAUUUCAUGCAUUUACUUUUUGAGUCUAUUAUUGGAAUAAACACCGCAUCAUGACGUGGCGUUUAUUCGAGGGCGGCGUUUAAUCGAAUAAAUACGGUAAUUAAAGAAUUGAUAGCUGCUGUAAUUGCAGUAACUAAACUUGGUAUCUUUCGUACAUUACAGAUCUGAAUGAGUGCAGCAGGGACAAAUAUUAUUGCCAUCGUUUUGCCACCUGUUCGAAUAAUCGUGGUUCCUUCACUUGCAUUUGUGACCUUCAACAAGGUUUUAUCGGGGAUGGCUUUGAGUGCAACUUAAAUUAUGCAAGUAAGUGAUCUUAUGCAAAGAAUUAAUUUUACAAUGCCGAAGUUUAAAGAUCACGAGAAAAGGGUUUGAAAACAAGGACAGGAAUUUUUUUGUAAAAUUUUGAACUAUUAAUCUGUAAUAUAAGAAAUCAGUUUUAAGUUUGUAGGCCUUCUGUUACAAGCUGAUUUUAUAUGACAAAUGAAGGGGUACCAGGUAUCUGGGCCCAGUUGUUCGAAGGCCGAUUAGCGCUUAACCCAGGGUUAAAUUUAACCCGGGUUUCUAUUUCUUUUGUUCAAAAACAUUUUCUCGGAUAAUUUUCUCUGUUAUUUUUAAGAGCAUCCAAUCAUCAACUUGUUGACAAAAAGAAUAAAACUGAAAUUACUCUCUAAGCUUUUAUUUCUGAAUUCAAAUUUCGCACUAACCCUGAGUUAUCUUAACUCAGCUUGAACAACUCGGCCCUGAUUUACAUUUGAUUACAUUUCGGGAUUCUUUAUUUUUCGCAGCAGCUCGAUCAUAUGUUUUCCUCUACAGCAUCACUUUCCGACUGCUGCUGAACAUAGCUACAACAUAACCGCACUCCACUCUAACUGCGCCAAAUAUUGCGAAAAAGGCUUAAUAAAUAACUUAACGUUCGGGCUUGCUGACAAUGAGAGUAACGAACGCACUUUCCUAAUGAGUUUAGGGAUUUCCUGUUGAUCACCUAAGUGGAAAAAAACAAACCUGUAAGGUAUGAUAAUGACAUGAGCAAGAAACCAAUGAAAGCUUGACAGCAUCACGGUCAGCGAUAAUCCCUAAACGUGCCCAAUUCAGGGGCUGGCACUCAAAUUUUAAUAAAUGACAAUUAUGUUGAAAAACUACUAAGAAAGGAAAAUAAUAGAACUGAAAACCUGUCGAUACAAAAUACGGAUGAACCUUGAUAUACAAACCUAAUCAUAACGAGACUCUAUAAGGUACGAGUGUAACGUCCAGAGCAAACAUGAAAUAGACUAAAAUAACCUACAAAAUAGGGCUUCACAACAGAAAAUGGGACAUAGCAGUACAGCUGUACCUCUUACUUUUCCCUUUAUCGAGAAUUUUUCCGCUACCUUAAGUAAACAAGUGUUGGGACCUGAGGAGACCAUACAUCGCGCGUCUCAGUCAAAUCUUGAAAACUGGAAUAGUAAGUGACAAGAAAUAAUUACUCUCGACAUAUCAUAAAGAACGUAAAUGCAACCUAACCUUAGAAACAGGUUCCGAAAGGUUAAAGCAAAGCCUGCAUGAAGUUUUCAAAACUCCCGGCCGUUAUGCGGCGCUUUCCUCGUGCCAACCAAAAAUAAAUAAACAAACCAUCAAAAAAGAUCUGAACAGCAAAAGAAUUUUGAUACCUUUUUCUUUAUUUGUAAUCUCUCGAUAAGCAUUGUUUAUAUUAUUUUGGGGUGGUUUUUGAUCGUCAAGGGGACAGUACAAGUUUGGUUUGAAAGGUCACAAUGAUUUCAGCUAUUUCAGCUCUAUUUAGGAACAACCUGUUAACUUAGAAAAGAUGCAUGAAAAACGAGUAAGGGUAAUCUGAGUGAGCAAUCUCAGACUCUUGUAAAGUGCCUCAAAUUUUGGUGCAAGUUUACAACAAAAAUGAUCAGUCAUUCGGACCAGCUUUCGAGUGCUAGUAUGUCCUGCUAUGGUAAAUUUAUAAGCCAAAGUUAAUGAUAGUUAUGGUAAUAAAAUAAUAUUAGGAAUAACUAAAUCCUCAAUUUGUCUUUUAUGCUGUUCUUUGGCACCAUUCCAACAGGGCAUGUCGCUGAAUAAGAUGGAACAAUUUUGGACCAACUCCCCUCCUUUUGUCGGUGUUUUUUCCUCAAAAUUUUCAUGUUCCUUCAUGUAAAAAUUAAAUCAGGGGUGUGGUGUAGCAGAGGGUGUGAUUGCCUAAUCCCUGCUGCAAAAGAAUGAAAAGACACCGAAACUGAAUGCAUAAAUGAAACCAUAAGCAGUCGUGGAGAUAUCCAUUUCAGGAUAUAAGUAUCGUGCGUUGUGAUUGGUUGAGAUCAAAACCAAAACAAAGUGAAUCUGGCCGAGAGCUACUGGAGAUCAGUAGAAGUGAAACAUUUUUUAUUGCCGCCACUUGUAAUGCGGCUAUCGGCCAAAACGAAAUUAAGUAGUACGAAAUCACUGCACGGAAAGAUAGCAUAAAUAAAAUAAUUUAUUCAGCAAACACUCGUGCACUCUGGAAGAGUGGAGCGAAUUCUUCACAGUACAAACUCAUCAUAUAAACGUCCUGAUCCUCGAACCGAAGCCAAAGUAACUACUUAAACUACAUCGCAUCAGAGAUAAAUCCUGUAAGAAACAAAAUCAUAGAUAAAUAACAAGAAAUAACUUUGAAAUCAAUAUGCCUGAAACAGGUCAGCUUCAUGACCUCUCAACGUGACACCAGCCGCAAAAAUAAAAUUCGCCGCUGUCAAGGUUUUCAAAACACUAAAUGACCGGCGGUGCUACAUGUUCUCAGUCAAUCGAAAAUCGAAAAUCCAGUUAAUCUUAACUAUUUUAAUCGAUUUAAAAAAGUCAAACGAUCCUGAAAUGCUUCAUAAAUCUCAAGUUUAGCGUUUGGUUUACGCUGGGCUCAGAAAACGAAACCAUAUUUGUGACACUUGGAACUUUUUUCAGGUUAUAUUUUCAGUAAAUUUCACAAACCGCAAAAAUCCAGCUAAACCCUGAAACUAUCAUAUUUCGCGUGCCUGUUUUUUCGAUUUGUGAAAUUACUGAAAAUAUAGGACUACCGGUCAUCUAGAGUAGUGUUUUGAAAACCUUGACCGGCAGUCGACCUGAAAAAAGUUCAAAGUCCUAAAUUUUCAGUAAAUUUCACAAAUCGAAAAACUUCCAGGAUCAGGAUCUCGAAUUUUGAUAGUUUCAGGGUUUAGCUGGAUUUUUAGCUGGGGAGGAUGGCUUUGGGCAAAUCAUGUAUCGGUCCGGUAACCCCAGGACUUCCAGGAUGGAUUUUUUUUGUACAGUGCCCAGGCCUCAUUUUCUUGGCCGCGCGUUGAUAUGGCCCGGCUACUUCGGGGAGCAUGUUCUCGGUCUUUUUGGAUUAUAUCCUUCGAAAUUGUCAAAGUCUGUAGGAUUCGUUUCUCUAUCUGGGAAAGCUCCAUUGGUUUCUAUAUCUGCUCCUAUCCUAUUUCCACGAUCCUGGCAUGUUUAUUUCCCGCUGGAGUUCGAAUUUCGUGGAAAAAGUUGUGUUGAAAGGGAGCAUGACGGCGAAAAUGGCAUCUCGUGUCUCCUUCCUUGUACAUUAUUAUUGUGUAUAGAGAGAAUUUGAACAAAUUAUCACGAUACUUUGUUGGAGCAUUAAGGACAACAACAACUAACUGCAGAGUAAGUUUUAUUGAUCUUUAUUUAGUAUUUCCUAUAAAUUUUAGGAUCGUAUUUUUACCCCAUACAAACACUGUAAUUUUACUGGAACGGUACUGUGGUACUAUCACAGAGUCUGGGUUACCUGUGCACCCAGCAGAGCAGGAAAUCAUCACAUUCACGGACAAUAGCCCAGUUUCGAAUUAAAAAUUACCGCUGAGUACAAACAUUAACGACACAUUCAUACAGGGUUAGCCUCGACGUAAAGUAAAAUAUUCAGAAAUUCUGGCAAGUAAGUGUUUGAAAUUUGAAUAUACACAAUAGACAGAGUAAUAAACAGGUCUUUUUCUCGUUGGAAUUUGUGAACAUAUUACUUCAGACGGAGGCUAAGGCUGUAAAAAAUGCGUCACUUCUUUAAUUCAGCGGUCAUAACGAACUCGAAAAUGGACUAUUACAAAGAGCAAAGGAAAUGCCCUGUAAAUGUCACACAAACAACUGCAAAGAUAAGACUGAUUCGCUCAGUUAAAGUUUGGAAUCCUCCACAGCUUAAUCUACGGAUUUGGAUUUAAGAACUAAUAAAAAUUUGCAACGCCUUGCAACACGAACAAUUCACGAACAAAUAAGGCGCCUAAUAUCGGCGUCAUUUUCAAAAACACCGUAACGAUGUCUUUCCUUGUAACAGUGGACUGAAGGUUGAAUACUUCAUUGUCGACUGGUUGCAGGAGUGGCUCUGUCUCCACGUUUCUGCACACUUUACUGAUGUGUGACGUCAGAAGAUCUCGGAUUGUAUCAUGUCUCUGAGCUACAAAACCUCCCUUCUUACAUGACAACGCAUGGUUGGCAGUAAACAUUUCUCCACAAGCACAGUAAUUAGGGAGAUUAGGGAGAGGGAGGUUGUAGCGAAGGCAAAGGGAGUCCCUAAACUCCUGCUUGUUCAAAGCCAGUCCGUGUUCUUCGAUUGGAAUAGCGUUCAGCCACGAGCGGACUCCCUUGUCCCUUGUCCGCUGCACCGCUUGGAGUAGAUCAGGAGAUCAGGAUUCGUCAAUCCUGUCAAUCCGGGACUUUGCAGCGGCUCUCCUUUUAGCAUUGAUUUCACACUUCCUUUCCUCCAUCAGCUCUCGUGCUGGAAUGGUGGAGCUUUGAUAUUUAGUAUUGAAUUGACGUUUUUAACUCGUUUAGGAAUUUAAAAUAGUAUUCAUUGAAGUAGACUCAGGUUAACCUGGUACUGUUGUAUUUCUGAAAAAUGUGUAUCUAUAUUAACGAUUUUGAGACCAACGCAAGAAAAUAAAAUUUUUAAGUGUCCCUCUUUGUUCUUGAAGCCGUCAUGUUUUUUUUAGGCCUCGGAUAAAGGCAACUUCCGGUCUUAGGCUGUUUCCUAAAUCCGGUUAAAUUAAAUGGCUCUCUACAUCACUAUUGCUUAUUUUUUGUUUAUAUCUCGUAGGAGGAUUGACAGGCUCCGCUAUUGUGGGGAAUGAUGUUAACUACUUAACUCAUUUAAGCACGUGGCUCAAACCAGUUGCUCAGAGCAAAUCUUCACGAUGGAAGCGUUGUUGGCGUGCGUCCGUGGACGGCUGGGCUGCCAGUACUUUUCACAGCGGAUGUGACAACAAAGGACCAACUGUAACAAUAAUAAGAGUCGGGGGAAAGUACAUAUUUGGAGGGUAUACCAGCGUCUCUUGGAGUAAGUGGAAAGAUUUUCUAAACCUGAGCGUGAUAGCAUGUAAAAUUGUGUAAGGAAGAAUUUGUAAUGGCAAUUUUUUUUUAUUACUUCUUUUUUUGCAAUCACUUUUGUUACGGCUUACCAUCAGACAUUUGUGAAUUAUUAGGAGCUUAAGCAACCACGACGGGAAGGCCAGCGAAAAUAUCACUUAGGGCCUGUUUACGUGGAGGUGGGAGACCCUAGGUAGGUGAUGUAACCCGCCUACAAUGCAGGUGGGAUAAAAAAAUAACCAUCAUUUACAUGCAAUCUUACAACCCCACUAUCCCGGGGUGCACUUUCUCAAGAAUAUUGAAUGGUCGCUAAACAUGUAAAUAAGAAAAGUGCUGGCAAACCACGUGUUUUAGCGAUUAAUGCACUUCUACACUCACUUGCUGCACUUACUGCAACCUUCAGUGCUGUGGCUUUCUAUUGUUACCUUUAUGAUGCAAAGCCACCGCCAAAGUGAAUUUUGCGCGAAUUUGAUGUACCACGAAUCCGACCGCCAGCUUGAAGGGUCACUUCACCUACCAUGUAAACGUGAUCAAAUUAAAUGAGAGAUGAUAUGGAAAGGCGGGUUAGCCCAAAUAAGUGGGCCAUUACCAUACCAACCUGCACCCCCCCCCCCCCCCCGGCCCUUAAAUAUUGUAUUCACGCUGCGUUUCAAAAUUUAUUCCUAAAUCGCCCUUAUUGCAUCUCGUUCAAUUUGCCAAAUGCUGGCGAAGUUCUUUUUUCGGGUUUAAAUUCCAAAGGUCCCUGUGAAAGUUUAGAAAAAGAAAUAAAAAUCGUUGUCUUACGUUCAGGUACUCCAUAGAACGUGAAAUUAGGACGUUUCAUGUCGUAGUCGUGCAACGUCAUGGUAAAUAAUUUACGUUCCGACUAGUUGCGGUAGCUGUCAUCGUUGACAGCCUUGACGGACAACGAUCAAUUAAAAUAAAAAUAAAUAAGGAAGGGAACGGAAUUUUUUUUAAGCUCAGUUUUUUUUUUUAAAUCCCCGGCAUUUCUCUUAUCAUCCUUUUUUUUUUCCAUCACAAAAUAAGGCACAAGUUUUUUUUUUCUCUUGUUGCAACAAAUUUGGAAUAUAGAGCAGGAGAAAGACAGAGAAAGAGAGAAAGUAGGCGGCAGGCCAGCGACGCUCAACGAGAAAAAGGGCGACAGAGGUCUAGAGCGAGAAAUAAAAAACAGAGGAGACAUUAUUUUUGGAAAGAACAACAUCAAAAUCUUGUAGCGGCGGUGACAAAAUGAGAAAUGCUAGUGGCCACCAAUACAAGGUAAAAAUGAGCGGGCAGUGAAAAACAAAAUUGAACAAGAACACGUACGACAUUUCCUCCAUAAAACGUGUAACUAAAGAAGUUUCUGCAAGUUUCACGUUGUAGUCGUGCAAAACAACGGCAAAGAAAUGUACAAAAAAAGGGUGCUGUACGUGCAAAGUUGCUAUUUUUGCUAAUUAGACCGAUUGUUAUUUUUCACCGUUCUCCGGCGUUGCCUUCCCGCUUAGCACUACACGAUUUUAUAUUUUGUUUGAACAAACUAUAAAUUUUAUCGAAUGCUUCGCUUUUAGCCCUGGCUAAAUCUAUAUACUAUUUAUAUUUACCACUAAAACUCUAGAAGGAAAUAACAACGGACAAUUUUAAGAAAGGGAAAGUGACAGGUUUUCUUGGUCCUGAAACCUGGAUUUAACCUCCAUUCAGGGGACACCUUAGCACUCAAAACGUGACUGACCACAAAGAAGGUUGAUAUCUUUAAGUGUACACUAAUGCUUAUGAUGGCAGCUUUCACAAACUGAACUAUCUCACUUACAUCAAUAUACUGCAAUAUUUUUUUUUCGUCUUAGCUUUUUAAAUAAGAAGCAGUUUCUUCCUUCCAAAAGUAUAUACUUAAAGGUCAAAUGAACCAAAAAAUUGACAUAUUUUCUUUUGUCGCUUUACCUUCACCAAACACUAAAAAGAACCAUCCUAAGUGAGACUUGGGUAAAACUUCUUCUUCCCAAGCCUUUAUAGAAAGAUAAAAGAUCAAAAUCCGAGCAUUUCCGAAGACUUCACGAAAACGUUUCUGAAAUGGCCGCGUGAUAGACUGGAGACUAUGACGUCAAUGUUGGUCUUUCAGGGAGGAAAAACGUUCUGCGCAAGCUUCUGCGCAUCCCUUAUCGCCUGCGUUUGUUUGUCUAGUUCUGUGAGAGUUCUGACUGAGACUGAAUGAAAUACACGAGGUGCGAACGUUUGCUCAUUGUAAAGGCUUCUUUUUUUGUUUUUCUUGUUGGUGGUGUUUUUUCGUCACUUGAAAAUUACUUUGGAUUCAGAACAACCAAUGUUAGAGUAAAAACAGAUCAUCCGUCCGUCUGAGGAGGAAUAAAACGUUUUGAACAUUUCCAAAGAGGUUUGUAGUUUUCUGAUAACUGUGCAUUCGAUUUGUGAAUCGAUUAUAUCUGUCCAGUUCUUCGCCUUCUUUCGCCAAACUUAAUUAAAACCCGCUUGUAUUCUGUUAUUAGUUGUUACGGUUAGUUUUUUUUACAUGCCCAGAUUUAUUUACCUUUGAAGAACCAGCUUUAUCCUUGUCGUAUGUCUAAGAACCGUAAUGUAUACCUGCCAACUUUUUCUGAGAUAUAAGCGUGAGAUUUUUAUCCUGAGAGUGCUGGGAUUUUUGAAGACGACACGAUCAUUUCCGAAGAUUCCCGAAGAAGUCUGAAGUCUUCCGAAGACGUCCGAAGUCUGCCGAAGUCUGCCAAAGGCGAGCUCGCUCCCAGUGCUUUUCACUUCAAAAAUCAGAGAUCGCGAGGAAGGUAUUGCCAUUUAUUAAUUUUACACAUGGUUUUCGUUCCUUACAUGGGUCUGAGUUAACGUAUUUUUGGAAAUUGUGUCAAGCAGGAAGGCAACAACUCACAUUUUUCAAUCAGGCGUGAGAAAUUGGCUCGUAGGCGUGAGCCGGCGUGAGAUCGAAGUUUUCAACCCGCAGGCGUGAGACUCACGCCUAAGGCGUAAGAGUUGGCAGGUAUAGUAAUGUUAACGCUUACGAGUGAACAAACUUGAGCGCUUAAAACUUCGGUCCGCGGAACUUUAGAAGGCCAGCAAGCUUAGUCGAGAAGAAAAGACUACUUCGAUCAUUUUUCUGUUGCUCAAGUAAUAAUAGUCAGAGUUUUUUUCCUCUAGUUUUUUCAGUUUUAAUUACGUAGUUUUGUUAUCUUUCUGUAGGCAAAUUUUCCUCUCACUCGCUGUGAAGUAGCGGAGAACGACAACUGCCGCAUUGCCAGAAAUUAGGGACAAGAUGGCGCUUGCGCGUGCGCACUAAGGCCAUAAUGACUGCGAAUUCGUACAAGAAAAUGUAUGGAGAUAAGGAAACUCGUUCAAAUAUAUCGAUUAUGAGCUUACGGGUCUUCGGUGCACGACUCGAAACAUGUUAAGUGCUGUGUAACCUUCGCAUCUGGGUCAAAAAUGGCUAAUUAGAAGUAGGUUUACUUACUUCCCGAAGUGGCCACUUUUAUCUCUCGUUGUACGCUCCAUUUCUCCAUACAUUGUCUUAAAAUCUUGCCGAAGUCAUGCGAAAUACUCGUCGAUUAGAGGAUAAACCCUUCAAUGAAGCAAAUUUGCACGACUCGAUAUCACUUCUGCGAUGUAAGAUGUUUCCUAAACAGUUGUAAAAAGGACGAUUUUGGCACUGCAAAAUACUUCCAAAGGCGCAUUAUUUCCCUCAGUUUUCCAUCUGUAGUCCAGUAAUGGACGCCAUAGUUGCGAAUGACACAUUUCGGUCGGACAAAGCUUCACAACUCCAAACCUCACCGAAUCGCCAUUUUGUUUGUUGUUACAACUCCAGAGAUGCUUCACGGGAUAUAAACUAGGUUCCAGGCAUUCAAAAAUCCUCCAUUAGCCUACCAGGCUUGGUUUUAAAACAAAAUUGUCACGAAAAUGUCACGAAAGGUACAUCCGCGUACUGUUUUGUCGCUAUCAGCCGCUCGACCGAGUAUAAACCUAACAUUUUCUUGCAAGGUGUUUUAUUCCAGCUUUUUUCUUCGUAAAACAGAUCCACAGAGCCCAAAUUAUUUAAAAAAUCGCAGGGGAUACGCUUUCCCUGACCGCGAUCGUUUUUGUCCGUCAUUUUGAAAAUGAGAUUCCGCUGACUAUUAAUCACGGGCGCGAAAAGUCCACGAUUUCUGGCAAUGGCAGUGACUCCAGUGACUCGAGUGCGACAAAGUUCAGUGACUUCAAACACAUUGUGGGCAAACUUGAAUUUCUUUGGGCAGAUUACACCUUUUGCUGUUCAUUGCGAGAAAAUACGCAUUCAUUUGCGUGAAACGGCAACCGACGGCGCGAAGAUACAUUCAUUAGCGUGAAAAAGCGAACAUUUGCCCAUAAAUCAGAUUCAAUAACGAUUUUUGCAUUUUAAUCAACAUUCAAUAACAUUUUUGGGCAUUCAUUUGCGUCAUUCGACAUACAAAAGAGAAAAAUAUACUUUCAUUAACGCCAACAUUCGAGUUAUUAACAUUAUUUUGAUAAUCAUUAGGGACAAUAGACAAACAUUUAAGUGUAAACGCUAUUCAUUAACAUUUUUAUGACACUGUUUGCAAUUCAAUAGCAUUCCUGGACAGCUUUAGAAUGGAUAAGACAAACAUUAACGCACUUGUACAAUCAAUUCAGCGUUCUUUACAUUCAAUAUACAAAAAUAUAUUUUCAAUGAAACAACAGAAAAAAAAUUGGCCUGAAUAUGUUUAAAGAAUCACUCCGUACUUCGCCACUGUGUGUUCGUCGACGGCUGCGGCUAUAUAUUUACCCUAGACGGCCAGAAGUCAUGGUGGGGUGCGACAGGGGGUGGAAGGCGUACCGCCAAGUGUUCGGCCAACGAGGACGAAACUUGACUAUGACCACAGCAAUAUUGACUAUCAGAUGUAUUCCUCGGCAGCUUCUGGAGUAAUGAAUACUGUGUCGGUUUUUCGGUGACCUUCUGGCACGGGCGAGGAAAAACUGGAUCCCGGUAAGUCGGUGGUCUUUGCGUAUGACGGGGUGCCAGCCCACCUAGAUUUGACCAUUCCGCCCCAUAUGUACACAGCUUAUGCUUUCCCCUCGGCAUCGUUGAAAAGGAUUUAAGUUGUCUGAAAGCGACACCAAAGGCCAACAUCUCGAGUCCGGAAAUUUAACGAUGUAUAACCGGAAUGGGGGCAAAGCCCUUGCAAUCUCACUAGCGGAGUUCGGAAACAACAACUGCAGUGCUUGAAGCUCUGCGCAGAAACAUGACAUUGUGACCGCAGCUAAAUGUGCUAAGGUGUACGAUUUCAUGCAAACCUACCUCCAAAAGUGUUUAAAGGGGGUCUUUAAAUAGCGAGGUUUUUGAGGGAUACAGAUUUAACGGACUGAAAUUCGGGCCAAAUUUGUUUGAGUUUCUAUUGCUUAAUUGAAAAUCGAGUUUUGUAUAUUAAACGUAAAGAACACUCAAUUGAUUGUACAAGCGCAUUAAUGUUUGUCUUAUCAAUCCUAAGGUUGUCCAGGAAUGCUAUUGAAUUGUAAACAUUGUCGUAAAAAAAUUAGUGCUUCUACUUUAAUGUAUGUCAGUUGUCCCUAUUGACUUUCAAGAUGUUGUUAAUAACUUUCAUGUUGGCGUUAAUGAAAGUGUAUUUAUUUCUUUUGCAUGCCCAAUGACGCAUAAAAAUGCCCAAAAGUGUUAUUGAAUGUUGAUUAAAAUGCAAAAAUCGUAAUUGAAUUUGAUUUAUGCCCAAAUGUUCGUAUUUUCGCGCUAAUGAAUGUAUCUUGGCAAUAUUGGUCGCCGUUUCACGCAAAUGAUUGCGUAUUUUCUCGUAAUGAACAGCAAAAGGUGUAUUAUACAAAGAUAUUUUGCUUUUGUGUCCACGGUGGAGCUCCGCACCUUAUAUAUCCAGGAACUUCCUUAUAUGAACACAUUUUGUGAAUGCAUCUUGAAAAAAAUCGGACUUACGUACGCACAUUUCCAGUAGAACUCAAGGAAAUUAGUAAAUGUCGUUAAACUCCGUUUUACUAUGAUGUAUUCUUCGAGAAAAUUAAAUAAUAAGAAGGUUAUAACCACAGCUUGCAACUUUUGAAGACAAAUUACCUGUUCUUUCCCGGUUUAUGGCCGCACAAACCACUUCUGCGCUAAGUCGACUCGAAAAACUUUUGUUUUGAAUUUCCCGCUUUUUUUCACCUGACCAACAUUGACGUCACAAGCUGUUUUUUCCGACAAUUUUUCCGACCGCUCUACGAAGAUAAGGGCCAAAAAACAGCAAUUUUUAAUUGCGAAUAUCUCGGAGAUACUUGCUUCAAUUGAGCUGAAACUUCAUAGUAUGUUUAUUUGGUUCAUAUUAAACACAUUUCACUAGAAUUAAACUAAAAUAAAAAAGAUCGAAAUUUUGGUUCAUUUGACCUUUAAGUAAGAAUAAAAUUAGUAUUAAAAUCACACUUUUCAUCGAUCUUUGCUAAGGAACUUAAACUACUAUUAUCAGUUAUCAGUAUAUUUUCUUGUCUGUAAGAAUUCGAAUUUCUGAACGAAGUCUGUGCAUUAGUCAUCUUUUUCAUUUCUUAUUUUCCCAGCAGGUUACAGCUGCUCGUACUAUCGUUAUGAUUCCCAGGCAUUCCUUUUCUCGCUGGUGAACAAACCAGGAUGGGCACCUGUGAAACUGCCUCAGACAGGGAAGUAUAGUUCUUACCGCUAUUCAAUAUACGCCUGCUCGUCUCAUGGACCUAUUUUCGGUGGAGGCCAUGACAUUUACAUUGCCAACUACGCGUCAUCCAGUAGCAGUUCCGCUACUAACCUUGGCUAUACUUACAGCGCACCAAGUGGGUACAGCCUUGGAGACACCUUUACCAAGACAUUUCUGGCAGGCACUUAUUAUUUUACUCCAGACGAAGUAGAAACAUUUUACGAAACAACCUAA